ACAUCGGCUACUAGAAUUCUUGUCUCCUCUCUUUGCAUAUCAAACAGAGUAGAAGGCGGAGAGAGUGAGACAGAAUACAAGGUGUCAGAGGAUGAGAAUGAGGUUUAGGAAUCAAACACUAGGGCAUGUUAAAGACCUUCGUGCCGUUUGCCUCCAUGGUUUCCACGGUGAGAGUUCGGUCAGUUCUGACUUGGUCCAUGCUGCUGGUUGCCUUGGUGACGGUGCAAGCAGAGGUACAGGCUCACUUUUUGCCCGAGUGCAAAGAGUUUAUGUACAUGGGCACCCCACCACUGGGACUUCGAGACGGAUCGCUGAAAAAGAUCUGCCAGCGCUACAAUGGCAAGCCACGUUUUGCGACAUUGUAUGACACAUUUGACCACAUCCCCGUGUACUCUGCGUACACUUUCAAGCGCUCUGACGGCUUCAAAAAGAUGGACGUGUCAUGGAUGUACGAGCCACAGCUCUCCACAGUCUCAACAGGAGGAAACAUGCAACCUUUCCCUCAGGGAGACCUUCACAGCAAGUUCGAGGACGCCCAGGCUGUGUUGGAAGACUAUUCCAACGUUGUGAACUACGAGCGAGGCCAACUGAACCCUGACGAGCACCAGGCUGACCCUGACGACAAGGCCGCCACCUACACCCUGACCAACGUGGUUCCCCAGGUCCAGGAGUUCAACAACGGCCCCUGGAAGACCCAGGAGCACACUGUCCGCCAACGCCUCAAUAAUUACUGCCGCGGCACAGCGUACGUGGUCACCGGGGUAACCACUUCCGGUCACACCAUCCGCCGGCACAACCAGAACCGUGUCGGCAUACCGACCUACCUGUGGUCUGCCUACUGCUGCAUCGAUUACGAUCACAACGCUCCGUUUGAGGAGCGUUCCAAGUUCCCUGCGUUCGCGUACCACGGGAUGAACGUGAAGGCCGGUACGGUUCAGGAGAUGUCAGUUCAAGACCUCGAGAGCUUCUUGAAGAAGGUCACCUAUGUCGAUAAGCGCUUCCAGAUUUUUUAUGAUCACUGUCUGCCCCCUGAUAAUAGCUUGCACUUGCUUUGAAACCAUUUUUUGCAGGGGCAUUCUGCUCAAAUGUUACAUCUGACAUCUUUCUUAUGUUUGAUUCUGUUGGAGGUCCAUGUGUUAUGAGGUAUUCUUCUCUUCAUUCAAUUAGCAAUGCUGUCCUUGACCAGAAUGAUUACGGCUCUAAAUAUCUGGACAUCAUGUCCCAGUUUAUUUCCUGUUCAAUAAAG